AUGCUCAAAAGUUUGGACAUUAAAAUCCAUGGCUUUGACAAUCUGCUGCCGAGCGGUGAGGAGCGCAUGAGCGAGGGUCUCAAGUCAUCCAUAUCGGAGAACGUGAAGACCAAAUCUCGUGCCGCUGCGGUCAAGGUCAUAGCUAGCCUCAAUCCUGGCAAGCCGAUUGCCGUCAAGCGACAGCGGACGGACGCACAAGAGACCACAGGCAAGUCCGAUAAGGAUAAGGACAAGGACAAGGACAGAGAUAAGGACAAGGACAGGGACAAGGAGAAAGAGGAAGCGCAUUGCGAUAGCAAAGAAUCAAGUGGCACCAAAGCUGGCAAGUCGUCAGCCAAAAAGGCCAAAUUGGAGGCGCCACCAACGAAUGCGGGCAAGCUCGACUCCAACACGGAGCUGGUGCAAAUGGAACUGGAGGAGAUUAAUAGCACGCCAGUGCCAACAUCUACGUCGACGACGGCGACGCCAACGGCAGCAGCGACACCCACCACGCCGACGCCAACGCCAACGCCCGCCAUGCCACACAUGGAGGCAACGCCGACGGGCUGCGGCAUUGCAACAACAGCCAUCGGUUCGACAGCGGCGCCCGCCAAACAGCGACCCAAAAACAAAUAUAGUAAAACAUCCGCGGCAAAGGCGCGACUGCAGCAGGCCUGCAGUAAAACGGCGCUCAGCUGCCUCAAGGAUGCCAGCAGCAAGGAUGAUAUAUACGAUUUCAAGUCCGGUUCCGAGGAUGAGGGCCCCAUCAAAAUGGUGCUGCCCAUGCUGAAGGAGUUGCGUGACUUUUCCGACGAGGACAACAAGCCGCUGAAGCUGCUGGAGCAACAUCUAAGCACCAACAACGAAAACCUAAUUCAGCAACAGCUGCCGCCAAGCGAUAGUUCGCAUGCGGAUAGCAGCGACUCCGAGGAUGAGAAGAAGCUGAGCAUCAUGUAUGGAGCGAAGCGUCAUCGGAUGGCCUCACUGAAUGCACUGGCCAAGGUGCAGUGCCUCUAUGAGAAUGAAUCGCGCACCGCCCACGAAUUGGGACUGUCGAAGGCGACGCAGCAGCCGCCGCGGAUACGGACGCUCGAUGGCAGCGAUGAUGACAACAAUCGUGGCGAUCUGCCGCCGGACAAGGAGCGUGACAAGGAUAGGGACAGGGAUAGGGAUAGAGAUAAGGAUAAGGAGCGUGACAAGGACAGAGAUAAGGAGAAGGAGAAAAGUGAGGCGGAUAAAUCGAGUGUGGCGGAACCGAGACGCGAACUGCGCUAUGUGCCGGGUGGACGGGGUGUGGGCAAGCAUUGGGAAUUCGAUAGCGAUAGCGAGGCGGAGGAGCUGCAACUGCAUCGACUCCAGCAACAGAAGCAGAAGAAGAAGCUGCCCAAGAAAACGCCGGCGAAGAAACAACAACAGCUCAACGAGACCGAGUCCAAAAAGAAGAGUCAGAAGAAACAGACGGACGAGACAAAGGAGAAACAGACAAAGACAUCGGCGCCCAAACAGCUGCCCAAGAAGCGCAAAAGCGUCUUCACCGAGGAGCUCAUCGGUGACUACAAGGGCAUCUUGGCACGCAAACGGAUGGCCAGCCUAAAUGCCAGCGCCAUUGUGGCGGCCACUUACGAGGUGGAACGGCAUCUGGACAAGAAUCUCGACAGCGAUUGCAGCAGUUUCGAGAGCUACGAUGAGCUGGACAUGUUCCCCAACAAUAGCAAGGCAAUAACAGCAAGUUCCACGUCGUCAACGAUGCCGUCAACGUCAGCGUCGGCGUCAACGAAGGCGACUUCAAGCAAGGCACAGGCGGCGGCUAAAGCGGCACAUGCCGCUGAGCUGUUGCACCUCAAAAGGGAGGCCAAGGAGACGAAGGAGCGGGAGGCGAGGGAGGCCAAAGAACUGAAGGAGCUCAAGGAUAAGCCGCAGAGUAAUAUGAUCGAGGAGAGCAACGAUUCCAAAUACUCCAAGGAGACAAAGGAGACGAAUACGGAUACAACGAUCACAACGACAACCGGGUAUCGUGGCGGUGACUCCAGCAGCGCCAAGGAUACCAAGGAGACGAGUCGACCGACAUCGUCCAGUGUGGUCAUCGUACAGGAUACGGAUGUCACCAUUACCGGUGUCUAUGUGAAUGCCAGCAACGGUGCCGCCCAGGAGGCAUACUGUAAAAUGCAAUAUCGUGUUCAGUCCAGCGUCACCGAGGAGCGUGUCCUGCGGCCCAGCUCGGUGGAGCCACCCAAAUCCUAUACACCACUCAGCGCUCUAUCCAGCAUGUUGCCACCCGGCGCUAAUUCUGGCCACAGCGAGGAAACCCAACUGAUGAAUAGCGCUUCCUGGAAACCAGGACAUUAA